AUGUCUCUCCGCGCCAGCACUCGCCCUCUCUCUGCAUCGCUCAAGGCCUCGGCGGUCCGCGCCUUCUCGCGCCCGGCCUCGGUGGAGCUUGUGUACGACCUCUUUGAGCCCAAGGAGGUCAAGCACGCCGACCAGAGCCUUGUGCUGUGCCACGGCCUUUUUGGCUCGAAGCAGAACUGGCGCUCGCUGGCUAAGGGCUUUGCCCAGCGUCUCGGGAUGCCGGUCUACGCGCUUGACAUGCGCAACCACGGCAUGUCGCCCGCUGCCACACCUCACGGGUACGCCGACAUGGCCGCCGACAUCGCUGCUUUUGCCGAGAAGGCUGGCAUCAAGAGCGGAAUGAACCUCCUCGGCCACAGCAUGGGUGGCAAGGCCGUGCAGGCGUACGCGCUUAACAAGGAGCUCAACGGCAACCUCCGCUCGCUCAUCGCGAUCGACAUGUCGCCUGCCACUGGCAAGGUGGCGCCGAUCUUUGCGGAGUACAUCAGCGCCAUGCGCGAGGUUGAGGCCGCGAAGGUUUCGAGCCGCGCCGACGCCGACAAAAUCAUGGAGAAGGUUGAGCCGGACGCUGCCACGCGCCAGUUCCUUCUUACCAACGUGAAGAACGUGGAUGACGGCAACGGCAAGAGCUACCUUGCCUUCCGCGUGCCGCUCGACAUCAUGGCUAAGGAGAUCCCCGAGAUCGGCGGCUUCCCUUACUCCCCUCCUCCUCCCGUCAGCGAGACCUCGCCCCAGUGGGAUGGCCCUACGCUCUUCAUCAAGGGCAAGAAGAGCCCGUACAUCAACCGCAAGAACAUCCCCAUUUGCGAGGCCUACUUCCCCAACAUGCAGCUCGUGUCGAUCGACGCUGGGCACUGGGUCCACGCUGACCAGCCCGGGGAGACCACCGAGGCUGUCGCCAAGUUCAUCGCCGGUGAGCGCGUUGACAACCGCGAGUAGAGACUGCGAGUAGAAACGACGGGUAGAAUAGAAGUAGAUAUGCACGGGUUUCUGAGCAG